AUGGCGACGAAGCGUUCAGGGCAGAAGGUCGAGGUGCAGGAGCAACGUCUGCAGCUUGCAGAUAGAGAGGAAGCCGUUGAUGCUCCUGCACAGAAGAAGCGAGACAAGAAGGCCCGGAAGAGCAGCAGCUUCGCCGGGUCCUUGGAACAUGGAGAUUUGGUUGACCAAAGCAAGCAACCGGUUUCAAUCUGCGUCUGGGUUCCUAAGGGAGGAUGCGGCAAAACAACCUUCACCUUCCACAUCAGCCGAAUCUUUGCUGAGCGAGGAUACAAGGUGCUGAUGGUUGAUUGCGAUAGUCAGCGAGACCUGUCCCAGAUUUCGCUCCGGAAGAGGUUCGACGAAGAAACAGAGUACCAGGAGGAUUACACGAGGUACAUCACUAGAGAGGGCCCGAACAAAACGAGCGUCAACCGUACCCUGUAUCAGAUGCUUCAGCCCCUUAUUUCCCAGAAUCUUGGGGAGUACCGCAUUGCAGAGGCUAACCCUGAAGUCAUCCUUGAGAAGACUGACAAGGGAGGCUGUCUGCACUUGCUGGCCGGCCAUCAUGAGACGGACGUGAUCGACUCAAAGCUAGCCUCGCACGAAUCCACCAUCCAGACCUUUCCGCAAAACGCAGAACUCAUUGGUGGGGUGUACGCUGCGAUACAACGCGUUGCUCAGAACAUGAAAGCUGACAUAAUCAUCUGUGACCUGGCCCCGGGCAAGGGCCCAUUCACGCGGGCGCUCAUGAUGUCUUCAGACUACUACAUCGUCCCCGUCAAGCCUGACUUCUACUCGUACGAGGCCGUCACCUCCAUCGUCGAUCGGAUGACGCGGAACCCUGAAGGAGCAACGGGGUUCGCGGCAGAGAAUCAUUGCUGGAUCGAGUACGCGCACACGUACCUUGUUCCCAUGACGGCCAAAUGCAAGUAUCCCUUCCCAAAGAAGAGCCCAAAAUUCCUCGGGUACGUCAUCACCGAUUACUCAGUGCACAUCGCCAACAAUGGGCAGAUGGCUCAAGGUGUGGUCACAGAGCAGACGGCGAGGAAUCGCGAGAGAUGGAUGAACGCCAUUCACACGGUGGUUAACAGACGCGUCACUGACCUCGUCAACUUCUCGCUCACCAACGGCGAUCGAGUUUCCUCCGCGUUUGAAGUUGCGAGCUACAACGCGCUCAAUGUGGUGCCGUACCUCGUGGGGAAGGUUCGGUCCUUCGAGACCCUUCAGUCCAUUAGCCACAUCUGGGGAGUUCCAGUGCCCUUCCUCGACAAGGAUAAGGGACACUUCGUGCGCGACGAUGGCUUCGGGCAACUUGAGCCGAUGAACGGGCGAGACAUUCCCACCUACGUGGCCAAGUGCGACUUCUUCAAGAGGAUCUUUGAUCAGAUCGCAUGGACUAUGCUUUCUCUGAUCCAUUCUGACAAUGGGCCUGGCCGUUGCAGGAUCAAGGAGCCCGAGGACUUGCUGAAGAGCAAACUUGGCGGGCGACCGCCUCCAUCUCCUCUCUUCUUCAACGCUGACCGUGACAUGUGA